AGAAAGACUCCACUCAGGGAUCGGAGCUGCCUUCAGCUUGCUCGCCAGCCCCACUGCUGUGUUGCAGCGCAGAACUUCAUCAUGUCCUUCAGCGCCGACCAGAUUGCGGAAUUCAAGGAGGCAUUUCUCCUGUUUGACAGAACAGGAGAAUGCAAGAUCACCUUAAGUCAAGUGGGUGACGUCCUUCGGGCUCUGGGCACAAAUCCCACCAAUGCAGAGGUCAAGAAGGUUCUCGGGAACCCUAGCAAUGAAGAGAUGAAUGCUAAGAAAAUCGAGUUCGAGCAAUUUCUGCCCAUGAUGCAAGCUAUCUCCAACAACAAAGACCAGGGAGGCUAUGAAGACUUUGUUGAGGGGCUGCGUGUCUUUGACAAGGAAGGCAACGGCACUGUCAUGGGUGCUGAGCUCCGCCAUGUCCUUGCCACUCUGGGUGAGAAGAUGAAGGAGGAGGAGGUGGAAGCAUUGCUGGCAGGCCAGGAGGACUCCAACGGUUGCAUCAACUAUGAAGCUUUUGUCAAGCACAUCAUGUCUGUGUGAAUGGAGUUUGGAAGAACACAGUGUUUGGGAAGACUGGCCAGAUGUCAGUUCAAGAACGCCCAUGGCUAACUGUCCACAUCUGCUUACCACUACCAAGAAGAUCAAAACAACCUAGACCAUUCUAGACUGAAGGGUUCCCUAAAUUUUUAUAAGCCGUGCGUUUUUCAUAACACACAAAUCAGGCAUCUACUGUUCUAGGGGAUAUGAAUAAAAUAUUGAUAAUCUCAAGUCCAAGCACCACCUUUAUCAUCUACUUGGGUCCACAACAUUCUUAAAACACUGUAUCAAUAAACUUGGUCAGUCUGGAAUAUUCAA